AAAUGUAUCCUUAUUACACUAGGUCUUAUUAUUUCUAGGACUAUGCUCUUCCAGUACACUACAACCGCAAGAACAAUACAGAAAAAAGAAACUCUCAGAUGUACUGGAGUUCCUCAUCCUGUGGCUGGAUAUCCUGACGGAUUUAGUGGCCGGAGCAACCUGCGCUCGUCUUGCUAGCGCCACAGUUGAUUACAUAAGUAAAGGGCAUUUUAGAGAGUUUCUCUUUGGAAUGGAACAACAUUCCCUGGGGGAACCAUGGCCGGAUGUUUUAGGAGUUACUAUUAUAGUGGUCGUUACAAUUUUGUUUAUGUUAGGCCUCGAGAAAUCUCCGACUAUAUCCGUACUCAUAUUAAUAACGUUAAUAUCUACUUUUAUAUUUUUUACAAUUACUGGAAGCCUCCAUACUGUGAUAAAAUUCCGAAAAUGGUGCGAAAAUUUUAAAAUACACACUUUUAGAAAGGUUUUAAGAGCAGCCGCUAAAAUCUUCUUUGCGUUUGUACAUAUCUUUCCCAAAAUACACAACAAUAAUUGGAUAAAAAUGUCUGCAAUAAUUUUUACUCCCUUAUUAUUCUACACAUCAACUGCAAUAAUUUUUUCUAUGAUGACUCACCACAAAGAAUUAAUUGGUAGAGCAAUUCCCUUGGUUCAAGUAUUCGAAAGUCGUGACGUGGAUUGGGCUCGACCAAUUAUGGCUGCUAGUACAAUUUUUGUAGUUUGUCUUAUAUUAACCGAAAUUCUGCCGUCUGUCUACAACUCAUUUGUAAAAUUGGCCAGUAAAGAGUGGAGAAUAUUUGUGCCCUCAAUUCAAUAUAGAACUUCUAUGACUGGUGCACCUAUUUUAGCAAUAUUUGCAGCAGGAAGUUUAUCAGCAAUCCUCGCAUUUGCCUGUCCAUUGUCGCAUUUAAUUAAACUUUUGAAUACAGCGGCUCUAUUCAAAUGCGCUCUGCUUUCCUAUUUACUUGUUUACAACAGAUAUAAACCCGAAAUUACAUAUGAUUAUUUAGUUCACAACAGUAAUAUUCAAUAUAGUAAACUACAAGGUAAUGGUCAAAACUCUAUAUUACGAAGUAAUCUUAAUUGGGCAACACUCAAAGAGAAACUUAGAAAUUGGUUUAAAAGGAAGCCUUACUACAUUCACAAAUUAGGUUCGCCUACAAAUAUUACUCAGAAAAUAGCCCCUGGGCGAAGAGUUGAGGAGCGCGAAUGUCUUUUACUGGAUGACUACAGUGUCAAAUCCAUGGCCAUGGAUGCUCCUGAAGAUACAGGAUCUGAAGCUGGCGAUGAAUCCAUUGUAGGUUCAGAUGACGAAAAUUCUGGCAGUUCUACAGAUAUUGAUAUUGUAGUAGAAGAAUAUAAAGAAGGUCUUAAGGUAGCGACAGUAGGAAAAUUUAACGAAGGCAGAAGGUCUACUAGAAUAACUUCAACUAUUGUUGGUUGUUGUUUAAUUUUAGCAUUAUUAUCAUCAACAUGCUUAGCUCUUUAUGUUGAAAGAGUGUUCAGCAUCUGCUGGCCUAGUAUUGUAGGUCUAAUUAUAUCUAGUUUGGUAAUAACUGUAAUGCCUCAGAAUACUACAGACAAAUCAAAAGAAGCAAUUUUGCCGUCCAUUAUAUUUCCCUUAUGUAAUAUUGUUUCCAUGGCUUUUAGUAUUAGUCUUGCCUCUACUAUAUUUGCCGAUAUUUGGCAGGGAAUAGUAUUUUGGUCCCUAGCAGGAUUAUUAUUAUUUUGGAGAUGUGAUUGCUGUACCUGCGAAGGUCUCUUUAGAAGUCCAAAAGUUCACAGUCAAGUUAACAUAACGCCCAAUACAUCGAUGGCCGUCGAAUGCAACUUUAAGGAACGCAUACCUGUACCUGUGACGGACACCAUCUACAUAACCAGAUGA